AUGAAUCCAGUGCAGCUAAUCAAGUUCGAGCAAAGCGAGCUGGAAGAUGGCGAUAUCGACUCGUCGCCGCCUUCCCUGCCAUCCGAGCAGCACCGCCAUGAGUGUACUGUUCCAAGUGACGGAGCCAAUGGGCAUCGCGAUGAACUGCAGCUCGCUCGCUACGAGUACGAUGCGCUUGAGCAGCGUCACCAAAAGCUCGCUGCUAGACAUGCAGAGCUCCAAAAGCUGUGUUCAGCAUACAUGGAGGUGAUAGGUGGCUUCUCCUCUUACGAGGAGGAGUCAGCUAGUAUUGAGCAGCUGCGUGUCGAGGCCGGCCGCGAGGGUCUGCGCGCAAAGGCACUCGAAGCCAAUGUGCUCAAGCCCAUCAUCCGUGAGGCUGGCGGGCUGCAGGCGCUCGUGUCGCAAAUGCAGUCGGUACGGUCGCUGAUCGACCAGGUCGGCGGUCUUGCAGAGCUUGAGGAGCUGGUUUCGGAAAUGCAUCUGUUCCGGACCAGCUUGGGUGAGAUUGGAGGCCUGCAGGGUCUGCAUCACCUCAUCGCUGAAGUCAAGAGGCUGCGAGAACAGCAGAUUGCACGUGUUUCGAUGAACAUCAAGAUGCGUGCGCCCGAUGGACCGCUUGCAAAGGCGGCAAAGUACGACAAACUUGUUCAGGCUUUCGGCGACAUCCACGCUGUGCGGGAGCCCAGUGCUUCGAUUGAGACGACUAUGAUUAAUCCUGCACGAGCGAGCCGCAUGGUUUCGACGCCACUCGAAGACGACCCAUAUCGUGACUUGUACGAACCGCCUCCGAUGGAAGAAGCACGCACCAAGACGGGCUCAAAUAACAUUCCUCUAGGGCCUACACGCGUGCGUGGACAACCAGCCAGUCAAGCUUGUGAGCAACCAUCGCUGAGACGAGAUGCGUCAGACGAGUGGCAGAACUCCCCGAACAAGCGUCCAAGAAUUGAUUCUGGGCCGCUGUCCAUAGAAACGCCACAGCAUGAGCGUCAAAUGCAGGCACCAGAACGUGAUUGGGCACAGUUCUACCCACAGCCAUCGGUGAAAGUAGAAGACUUCUGCAAUACAGAGGAGCAGCGCCUUCCUAUGUAUGGUCGACAGCCACACGCCAUAACCGUCACUACCGAGUAUACCCAUCUAUCCAAGUCUGUGCUGGUUGGUGACUAUCCAAUUGCUCUUUGGACGGGAGCUAGCGACCCAAGUGCCCCAGAGUUGCCUGGACAAAUGAAGAAGGUCGACCAUAUUCCAAAGGGAUUGGGCACGUUCCUGGCCACUGAGCUUUCCAAGUACAUUACCAAGGCGGCCGUUCGCUUCUGGAAUGAGAUGCCACCCAACAAAGACACAUGUGUGCUCCGUUAUGUGCUCGAUGGUCACAGACCUUCGGGCCAGCCUCAGGAGCGCAGGGCUUGCCGGGUCUGCUCAGCUGCAUGGGCUGGGCGCCAGCGUCCAUGCGCCCUACUCCUUGAUGUAGAAGGCAUUCGCACCCUGGUAUUUCUGCCGCUCCAUGAUGGGCCUGGUAGGCACACAGACUGGCGCAAGAAGACAUACUGGAUGGACAUUGAGUAG